CACUACUUGAAAUAUUCGUGAUUCGAGUAAAAUAUUUCAUUUUUAUUUCAAUUAAUUACAACAAAUUGGUGGUGUAAUUAGAAACAACAAUGAGUAAUAAUGAUAAAUUACUAACAAAUUAUCUAAAAGUCAUUUUACGGGACGUAGUGGAAGGCGAUAUCAUAAAUUACAUAAAAAACAUACAACAUGAAGAAGACUUGGCCGAAUUUAUGGAAAACGUCGUGGACAAAACCAACGCCGCCCAUCUGAAUUCGUACGAAGGCAUAAAGAACAUUUUAUUUUCAAGCAAACAGAACAUUCCUUCAGUCCCCGUUCCUUCGAACAGCAACACAGCCAAACAAAAACCCGCGCCGAAUAAAAAGAGCAAAACGAAAUUUAAGGAUAUAAACACCUACCAAGAGAAGAAGAAACAGAAAGAAGGUCGUACGAUUUGCGAUUGUUUGGGACAAGAACACGAGUUUAUGAACAAUUGUUUAGUUUGCGGGAGGAUUCAUUGUAUCGAGGAAGGUCCUGGAGAUUGUUUAUUCUGCGGAAAUCCAGUAACUAUUAGAGGUUCCGAAAUAUUCAACAACAAGAAACCCAAAACAAUAACUAAACCGAAAUUGAAUAAAGUCUACGAUGACGACAACGAUUACUUCAAAAUCGAUGCUAAAAAAACCACCAGCAAAGAGGACAGACAAAAAUUAGUCGUAGCCUUGGAUUUCGCCACGAGAAAAGUCAUCGAAAGCACCAAAGAAGACGAGCGAAUCCGCCAGAAAUUACUCGAAGACUCCAUGAAGCAUCUGGACAAAGUCAAACGAAUGUACCAGGAGAUCCAGAAGAACUCCGAAGUGUCCUACCAGAAGAUCCGGACCGAAGACACCAGCAAAGAUCUGGUGAAUCUUCUGAUCCGGAUGCGCCACAGGAAACCGGCUGGUGAAGAGGACUCGGGCGAGGAGGAUUCAGCGAUGCCCAUCAUCGAUUACGGUACGAGGAUACUCGAUGAAGAUAUCCUGUCGAAUACCGAUCACGGGUUGUGCUUGAGCAUGCACCAACCCUAUGCUAGUUUGUUAGUAGCCGGAGUUAAGAAGCAUGAGGGUAGGACUUGGCCUACGAUGCACAGGGGACGGUUGUGGAUUGCAUCGGCUGCUAAAAUACCGGAUGAUGAUGAGAUUGGAUGUUUGGAGGGUUUUUAUAGGGAGUAUUAUCAAGAUAAUUCAUUGAAAUUCCCGAGAGACUAUCCGAUAAGCUGUCUUUUAGGUUGCGUUUUUGUGGACGAUUGUUUGGAUCAGGAGACUUAUCGAAGGAAAUAUCCAAAAGGAGAGAGUACUAGUCCUUUCGUGUUGAUUUGUUCUAAUCCUUUAAUAUUGCCGAUAUUUUAUCCUAUCGUUGGUAAACACAAAAUAUAUCCUUUGGACAAGGAGCUCCACAAGUGCGCUAAAUUAGCCUUGCAACAUUCUAGUUCACUGCAGUUUUGAUGGAAUAUUUUAAUAAUUAAUUCAAGCUAGAUCAUAGUAGAUCCUGAAGAAAAAAAUUGGCUCUAUCCAUGAUCCUAAUGUACUCCAAGAUGUUUGCUAAGAAGACUUGUUAAUUUUUAAAGCGAAAUGUCGACCUGAGAUGAAUGAGAAUUAAUAAAAUAAUAGUAAAUUAAUAAAUUCA